AUGAAUGGAUUUUUCGAACAUAAGAACAUCCAUAAAUACACCUGGCACCAAGAAACUAGACAACUUACAUCCAUUAUAGAUUAUAUUAUGGUUAAACAGAACACUGAAUGGAAAAUCGAGGACGUGAGAGCUCACAGAGGUGUGGAGUGUGGUAGUGACCAUUACUUAGUGAAGUCAAAAAUGAGAAUAAAAUACAAACGUAACAGCAAUAUCAAUGACAGCACGCCGGAUCUCAGAGAAAAAAUCAAGACCAUCAGAUAUAAAACAUAUUUAUUAAAAGAAAGUAGUGUUAAAUUACUAUAUCAAAAUCGUCUAAAAGCAAUUCUAGAUGACCACACAUAUGUGGUAAACGCUCUGACAGCUGCAGCAAGUGAGGCUUUAGGCGAAGAAAAUACAAGAAAAAAAUCUGAUUACGAUGGAUGGAACAGAGAAUUGGAAGAACAGAAAAACGUAAAUCAAAAAACAUACCACAAAUGGAUAUGUACAAAAUCACCUGAAGACAGGACAGAAUACAAAAAGGAGCUCGCUACUUUCAAGAAAUUGUUAAACAGGGAAUUGUUAAGAAAGGAAUGA